AGGAGUGCGGAGACGUCAAGGUGUUCAUGAGCAGUCAUAAACUCGUUUGCUCCCUCAGCAGCAAAUAUGGACACCAGUUUGGCAACCCGGCGGGGGUGUGUGUGGAUGCAGAAGGCAGUGUGGUGGUGGCAGACGAGCAGCACCGCACCGUCCAUUUGUUCCCAGAGAGCGGGGCUCCCAUCUGCCUGGUGUCCGCAGGGCUGCGGAGGCCGGCUGGCGUGGCCUGCUCCCCCUUUGGGCACCUCUUCGUGGCAGACGCAGGUGAGAACUGUGUGAAAGUCUUCAAGUACCACGUGAGGCCCCGGCUGCCCUUGGGCACCCUGUGACAACCUUCAGAGUGGGGCCGGUUCCACCACAACCCUGCUGAGCUUUGGGUCCGCUGGUGGGUUGCAAAUGAAGGCGCUCCUGUUGUCCCUGCACUCAACCACCUUGUUGCCAUUCAGCUUUUCCAGAUGGCAGAAACAAGGACUACAGCGACAACGGUUCAGCUCCACCCUUCCUGGAUCCACCAGAGUAGCUGAAGGGCUGAGAUAGGACGGUGGGCAUGGAACUGCCUCCCCAGGGCAAUGGGACACUGCUCAGACAGAGGGUUUGGGUUUGGCUGGUGCUGUGUGGGGCCAGGGGUUGGUACCCAUGGUCCUUAUGGCUCCCUUCCAACUUGAAGGAUUCUCUGGUUCUAUAAAAAUUGAUGGUGUGUUGGUGCUUUGGAAAUUUACCACCAUCCUCCUGUGUGUCUUUUCAAUGAAAUAAUUCCUUCUCUCCCACACACACCCAUCUUACGUGGCCACGCUUCUGCCUCCCUGAUGUCCAAGAUGGAGCACAGCCAGAGGGGUAAGGCCAGGACAGAGCUGAGUUUGCAGCACCCUCCAGGAGAACAUUAAAAGAAAGGUGUCCCAUCCUCCAGGGAUUGCUGGCAUGGUCCUUAAGGUCUUCUUUCCUUCGUGCUGCUCCUCGGCAGAAAGCGGCAUUUUGAUCGGCCGCUGGAUCCCAGAACAGAGCUCUGCUGUUAUCCUCGCCGUGGUCCAUUUCCCCUUUAUUCCUGUUCAGGUGAAGCAAUAUCUCAGGGAAGUCCAGCAGGUGACUAAGGUCAGCAUUUCUGUGCUCGGCUCAUGGAACAACAGCAAACAGGAGAAAGAAGAGAGCCUGAGUGAGUUCUUGGAAGACCUUGGGACGAUAUUUUCUCAUGAGCCAUGGAUUCAGAUAAGCAAAGAGGGAAACAGCAAAUUCUGGAACUGUUCUACCCUUCAGAAACAGUCUGACAACCACAGAGAAGAAGAAAUCAUCUUAGUGUAUUAUGACCAACGUAAAGUCAUGCUGUCCCAUCUGCACCCCCCCUUGGACACGGCUGACCUCGGGGCAGAGGAUGCCUCCAAGCUCUCUGCCAUCUUUAACACAGUUGCAAGCAGCAAGGUGCUCUUCAUGACAGACAGAUACGAUGAUGGGCCCAUUAAGAUGACCCACUGGCAGUCGGAUGGCGUUGAAGCAAGUAUCAUUGUGGAGCUGAUGAAGCAGGCCUCGGUGCCUGCCUGCAUGCUGCUGACGUUCCUGCUUUCACUUGUUUCUGGGGUCUGCAACAGCAGGGUUCUGAAGUUUUGGCCUUUGUCUUUCUUGUGGAGCAAACUCUCAACCUGUGAGCAGCUGGGCCACCGCCUGCAGCACCUCCAGGUCAUCAGCAGCAGCAAGAAGGCUCAAAACCAGACCCAGCUAAUGAGGAAAGCCAACAUCUUUGUCUCUCUGCUGAUUGAUGUGGCUCUGGGGAUACUGCUAAUGUCCUGGCUGUACAGAAAGAACCAGAUCGGUCACCUUGCUGACACUCUCAUCCCUGUGGCUGAUCGUGUAGCUGAAGAGCUGCAGGACCUGCUCCAGUGGCUGAUGGGAGCACCAGCUGGACUGAAAAUGAACCGAGCUUUGGAUCAGGUGCUGGGUCGGUUCUUCCUUUACCACAUCCACCUCUGGAUUAGCUACAUUCACCUGAUGUCCCCAUUCAUCGAGAUGAUCCUGUGGUACGUUGGUCUGUCAGCUUGUCUGGGUCUGACCGUGGCUCUCUGCAUCCUCUCUGACAUCAUUGCACUUCUGACCUUCCACAUCUACUGCUUCUAUGUCUAUGGAGCGAGACUCUACUGCCUGAAGAUCUACGGCCUGUCGUCUCUCUGGCGUUUGUUCCGUGGGAAGAAGUGGAACGUCCUCCGGCAGCGGGUGGAUUCCUGCUCCUAUGACUUGGACCAGUUAUUUAUUGGCACGUUGCUGUUUACCAUCCUGCUGUUCCUUCUGCCUACAACUGCACUGUACUAUUUGGUGUUUACCCUGCUCCGUUUGCUGGUGGUGAUUGUGCAAGGCCUGAUCCACUUGCUGGUUGACCUGAUUGACUCUCUGCCUCUUUACUCAGUCAUCCUUCGGUUGUGCAGAUCCUACAGACUGGCAGCUGGUGUGAAGUUCAGAGUCCUCCAGCAGCAGGAUGGAAAACCUCUUCGACUCCUUAUGCAGAUCAACCCUCUAUCAUAUGGCAAUGUGGUACAGACAUACAGGCUGCCGACCUACAGCUGUUACCCCAAGGAUUCCUGGGCGUCCCUGUGCAAGAAGCUGUUCCUUGGAGAGCUGAUCUACCCUUGGAAACACAAAGGAGAGAAACAGGAGUAAAAAAACAAGACAAAACAAAAAACAAAGCAACCACAAGAGCCAGGACUGCAAGACUUGGUUAGAAAAACAUAUUGAUUCCUAAUGCUUUUGGACCAAAGGUAUCUCAGAGCCAGCAGCUGCUGGAUCCUUUUAAUUACAUUUUGGUAACGUGGGAGGGGCUGAAUUUUUGAAGACAAAUAUUUUUAAAUAUUAUUCUUCAACUUUCCAUUUCCCCUACUGUGUGUUUGAACUGGUUUGGUUUCCAAGCUGUUUCUUGUUAAUGCAGUGUUCAUCCUACCUGAGAUGUCUGCCUGCUGGCACCAGGGGCUAAUGAUUAUUUUUGGAGCAAAAGGUUAAACCCACUGGUGGGUUUAACCUCAUGGAACCAGCAUUUAGUGUAAUCAAGGAAGUACCUCCUGAGCAUUUGAUGCUGUGUACGUCUUGUUGUGAAUUCACAGAGCCGUAUUAAAAACAGCCCUUCUGGUGGUUCUAAAUCACA